AUGCCGAGAUUUUACGUGGUGGGGGGGAUGGGAGGGCUGGGAUUCUGUGGUUCUCAGCGGUUUCUUGCAGCUGUGGUGGGAGCAGGGUCCUGGAUCCCUGCUCCUCACUCACCCCAGCCACGUAAAAUCAAAGGUAUCGAUGAUGCCCUCCUUGGCCCUUCUCCUUUUGGAGUGGCGUUCGCGCCUCUCGUGGGUCUCCGGUUCUCGCUGGUCCACGCACCGGAGCUUUCUGGGCGAGGGAGACGGAGAGGGAGAGGGAGUCGGAGUGCGGUCGGAAUCGCACCGGGUGGAGCAGGAAUACGAUGGCUCCUGAGUCGUCUUGAUUUUGACUCGCGGUUUCUCUCCGGCGUUCACCGAGUAGGCGACGAAGCCGAAGCAGUUGGAGGGGGACCCCGAGGACCGAGAUUCCAGGUCGUCUUCAUCUUCGUUCGCGUUCUUCUUCCCGGAUUUGCGGCCGGGGGAGCAUCCCCGCUUCCCGCCCCCAGGGUAGUUGGGAAAAUCCACUUUGAGAGCAGCCCUUUUCCACUGAAACGUCCCGAAAGUCGGCGCCCCACCCCUUGGGCCCCCGUCUGGAUCUCAGGGCGUCGCCGAGGGGGCCAUACCCCUCCAAGGCCGGGGCGGGGAGGGGGGGCAGUCCGCCGGAGGGCAGCGCGCCGCUGCUGCCCCUCUCCGGCCAGCCAGGCCUCUCCACCCGCCGCGCCCGCCGGCCACGCCGCGCUCCCGGGCUCCCCAUUGUUCAGUCACAGGGGUAGACCCCGCGGCGGGAGCGGGCCGCACCACCGACUCUCCCGGCGCCGGGCCUCGGCGCAGGCGGCUAACCGCGCCGCGGCGCCCCGGAGCCCGCCGCCGCGGAGAAAGAGGGCGAGGCUCCCUCAGGGGGACCGCUCCAUCCACCACGCACGCCACACGGCCGAGCAGCUCCUCGGCUCGUCCUGCCCAGCGACCUCCAGGGGCGGCGCUUCGGGCCGCCAGCAGCUGAAGGAAGAUCAAAACAACUCCCCGCCCUCCGCGAAGCCUGGCGCCCCACCAACGCCGACCCAGACCCGCCGGGAGCCGCGGGCGGCGAAAGCAAGAGAGAGGGGAGGGCCACCUUCCAGGCCGGGGCGCAGAGCAGGGCCAGGAGGUGGGAAGGGGCCGAGACGACCGGUCAGGGCGCGGCGGCACACUUCCGAGCACCCCCCUAUCCCCGCCCUCCUCCUCGGGCCGGCCAGGCGCUUACCUGGGCGCCGAGCAAAGCGGCAGGGGCGGCCCGCCGCCCCGCAAGCUUUAUCUGCGGCCGGGGCCGCCCCCGGCGCCCUGAUUGGCUCCCAGAGGCCCGGAGCCCGGGCAGAUCAGCUGAUGCAUCGUCCCGGCACCGCGGCCAUUGGGCGAGCCGCCGAGCGGGCGCCACCGGGUCCUGCUUGUGAGGGAGUUCGAGGUGUGGGGGCCGCAGUAGCCCCGGGCUCCCCGGUGCCCGGGCCGGCCUCGGAGGGGGAGGCGCAGACAGGGGGCUGCCGGAGAGAGGAUCCCGGCGGGCGGAGACAGAGUCGGCCUCUGCCACACCUGAGGCAACUCUGCAGCCUCUCUGGACCCAAGUUCCCUCAUCUGCAAAUCAAAUAA